GCUAUACAUCAGGCAGGUCAGUGAACUACCCUUACGCGUGUCGGAGGCAAACCCUAAUUCACUAAUCGUGUUGAAAGCUUGCAGGUCACGCAUAUGGGUAAGAUAAUUAUACAAGCUAUUCUCUGCUAAUAAUGGCUCGCUUUCAAGUCACACACUGCGUUUGUCGCGAUUUGCCCACGUCGUUUGAAAGUGCACUCGCGCUCGAGCCUCCACCAGAGCCUAUCGAUGUGAAAAUAGCAACAUUACAGCACCAGGCGUAUGCCUCGCUUAUGCGGCAACUGCUGGGCGCGCACGGCGUCAUCGAGCUAUCUGCAGACGAGGCGUGCCCGGACUGCGUUUUUAUCGAGGAUUGCUCGUUAGUCAUCAACGAGCGGCAUGUCAUCAUCACACGUCCAGGCGCGCCCUCCCGCCAGCCCGAGACCGGGCCCGUGGAGGCGGCGCUGCGCGGGCUGGGCUUUGACCGCGUUGACCGACUGGAGGCACCCGCCACCCUGGACGGGGGUGACGUGCAGAUCAUGCCGUGGGGUGUGCUGGUUGGCACCAGCCGCCGCACCAACGACGAAGCCGUUGCGCAGCUGCGGAAGCUGCUGGCAGCCGCCGGCGGCCCGCCCGUGUUUGCCUUCUCCGUGUCACAGGCGGCAGCGGCGGCGGGCGACGGCGCCGCCGCCACCCUGCACUUCAAGAGCGUGCUGUCUGCGCUGGACCCGCACACGCUGCUGGUGGCGGACACGCCGCUAGGCCGCGCGCUGGCGGACCAAAUCGCCGCCGCCGUACCCUCUCAACCAGACCAGACAGCCAUCAAACCAGACCAGGCGCCGCAGCCGCAGCCGCCGCAGCCGCAGCAGCCGUACCUGGCAUUAGAAUUCGUACCGGAUACCAUCGCCGCCAACGUGCUGUCGCUCAACGAGCACGUGGUGACGCAGGCGGGCCACCCCGCCUCGCAGGCUCGCAUCGCGGAGCUGUGUGCGGCACGUGGGCUGACGCUGCACACGCUGGGCAUGGCAGAGCUGGCCAAGGCGGACGGCGCGCUCACGUGCUGCAGCCUGCUGUUUAAGGGGCCGCCGGGGAGGAUGGAGGAGACGGAGGAGGGGAAGCAAGGGCGGUAGGGGAAGGAGCAGGAGGAGGCGGAGGAGGGGAGGAGGAGCAGGGGGAGGAGGCGGAAGCGGAGAAGGGGAGGGAGGAGCAAGGACUGCAGGAGCAGGGGUUUCAUGGUCAGAAUGGUGGAGGGGGUGGCCGCGGCUGGUGUUGCGCGCGGGAGUUGCACAGGAAGGCCGGGAGGUGCGUGUGGGAGCCGAGGAGGGCGAUGAGCGGUGCGUAGUGCACAUGUGGCCUGCUGGGAGCAAAGCACGGGCGCGAGGAGAGUGUGGUUAAGCUGUGUUGGCAACGCAUGGGGUGAUGAUGGUGGGUGCAGGCGUGCACGUGAGUGCCUGGCUUGCAAGCGCCCCUGUGCGUGGCUGCCGUGUUUAGGCCAUGCGCAUGAUCACUUGACGUUCGCGGCAUGGCCUUAAAUGUUUUACUCAAGCAGGCAAGCCGGCGGUGCCGUCUAAAGGCAGAGCCAAGCCAGCAGGGCGGUUACAAAAGGACGUCUGGACGUGGCAUGCGGAGGGCUUGACACUGAAUCAGCACAGUGUCCUGCAUCUGGGAGAUUGUCACGUUCGGCGUCAUUUUAAUGACGUGCUAGGCGGGUGGAAAUGAGUAUGCUCUGCAACCGUGUCUGGGCCCUUAUGUGGCCCACCGCUGUGGACGGACGGUGGGCGGGCGUACUGCGUCGUGCAAUCAUUGCAUGCGCUGGGAAGCCGACCUGUCACCACUGACA